AUGGCCGCCACAUCAUUCCUGCUCACCAUGGAGAGGCUCUUUAAGCUGGACACUGUUACUCGUAUGGCCAGUGUGGAGCUGUGGGUGCUGCUGACGACGCUGCUGCUGGUGGUGAGGUUCCUCAUUGACUUCAAGGGGCCAUGGUUCGGGAACCCGCGCAGGACGAUCGUUGUCCUCAUCCUGGAGACACUGAACCAAAACAUGGUGAUCUACACCAUGGGACUGAUGCAGCUAUCGGGCGCGAGGAAGGUGAACGACUACUUCCAGGUGUGGGCGGUGCUGCUGGUGACCCUGCAGUACAGCGUCAAGAUCGGGCGCCCCUACACCAGGUCCAAGCAGGUCCCGUUGCUGGACCUCAUGUCCUCCUUCUGGUCAGCCAAUCUCCUCCGGGUGCAGACCUUCUACCUCCUCAGGUUCCCCCUCUGGACGAUCUGGUCCCUCAACGCAGUUCGCAUCAUCGUGCUCUUCACCAGCACCGGUAAAGGAGAGACAAAUAACCAAGAGAGCAUGAGGCUGGUGACCGACUACAUGAGCUACGAGGACACUCUCUCUACCAGUACCAGUACCAGUACCCUUGAUGAGCAGGAGCAGAAUAAGAAAUCCGCCAUGACCAUGAGCGGGUACAAGUACCUGGUGUAUGGCGAGCACCGCGUGCUUAAGGAAGUCCAAGAGGGCAGCAAGCGGGAGGGAAAAAGAACACUAUCUUCGUGUUUCAGGAAAAGGAGACAGCAAGUAAAAAGUGAGAGCAGCAGCAGCUACAAGAUUGAAUUGAAACCAGAUGGAGUCCACAAGGAGCAGCUCGUGACCAUAGAGACGAUAUGGAAGGACGACAACGGCAGCGGGUUGCUGGGAGCGGGAGAUGCAGCAGGCCAUCGCAGGGACCUGUGCCUGUCGUUCGCGCUGUACAAGCUGCUGCGCCGUGGGUUCUACGAUCUCCCGAUACACGAGCACGAGAAGGGUCGGGAGGUGGGGAAGAAGAAGAUGAGGAGGCUCGUCUUCGACUACGUCCUCUGGGACACUGACACGGGCCGCCUGAACACCGAGAGGGCUUUCCGCAUCACGGUGGAGGAGCUGUCCUUCCUCCGAGACCUGUUCUACAGCAAGCACGCCACCGUGUUCGCUGGCGGGCUCUGGGUACCACUCCGGAGCCUGCUGCUGUCGCUGUGCCUGGCCACGGCGACGGGGUACAUCGCCUACCCUGCCCGGUACAUCCCCGAGAGGAUGGAUCCAGCAGACCGGAACAGGAUCACGCACGGCGUGUUCAUCACCCGCCUCAUGAUCGGCAUCAUCGUCCUCAAGGAGAUGCUGGAGAUUGUUCUCUACCUGUGGUCACGCUGGGCCAAAGUCCUGAUGCUGUGCAUGUACGCCCAGCUCCAGCAUCGGCGCCCGGUGGUGGAGGCAGCCAUGAGGUGGUUCGUGCUCUGUGUCCGGGCCUUCUCCUCUUGCUUGCUUUGGCUUUGUCGUCGUUUCUGUUUCUGCUGCAAAGCCAAGCAGACGACGACGGUCCGUCAGCAGAACCUUCUGGUGGAAGUGCAUGGGACCGCCGGCCUGGACGAUCACAUCAAGGUUGCGACAUUGAAUCAGAUCAGAGUCAGAUGCUUGGACGACAGUGGCGGAGAAGGGAUAGCGAUUCAUAGCUACUUCUCAAACGCCUUCGGAUCAUCCAAAUCCAAUACGAGUCAGCAGAAGGUGGUGUGGCCACGUGACCUCAAGGAGGUAGACACCCACAUCAUACUGGUGUGGCACAUCGCAACCAGCCUCUGCGAGAUCUACUGUCUCAACGAGGUCAAGCGGCUCCAGGCUGCCGGGCGGCGUCCGCAACCGUUCCUUCGCCGCCCCCGCACGAGGAGACCAAAGGGACCGUCAGCAGCGGCACCACCGGCUCAACAGCACGACGACGAUGACGGCUCGUCUGAAUCCGCAUGGUCUGAGCACUACUCGACUGCAGUCACUCUAUCCAACUACUGUGUGUAUCUGGUAAGCAAGGCGCUGGUGCCGGAUAAUCGCCUCGUUGCCCGGAAGGUCCUUGGUGAGGUGAUCCGAGAAAUCGACUACGUCGUUGGUGGGGACGAUAAGCCAUGGGAGAAGCUUCUUCGAUCCAUUAAACUGGAAGAUGUAUACAACCGCCUUAUGAAGACGGUCGACAAGCCCUGCAAGAACACUGAUCACCGUCGUCAGGGAAGGAGCCCUGCCCCUGCUGACGUGGAAGAAGCAGCAACGCCACCAGAUGAUGAUCAUCAUCAAGUGGACGACGACGACGACGAAGAAGAAGAAGAAGGCGACGACUACGAAGAUCUUGACAUUGGGUGUUCCUUAACAAGGAUGGGUGCAGUGCUUGGAAAGGAUCUUGACAUUGGCCAACUUCUGGACGGGGUUCCUCAUCCACCUGGCGGCCAACACUGGAGCGGCCAAGCACUGGCGGCAUCUCGCCGGCGACAGCGAGCUCAUCACACACCUGUGGGCGCUGCUUAUGCACGCCGGCUAUUGUGA